GCUGCUAUCGAUGAUUCUCCAACUCAACACAACUCACGUUUUCAGAUCAAGUUCAAUUUAAUUUCAGUAAAUAGACAGAGAAAACGAGUGAUAUUCCAUGUCCACCCUGAGCCAGUCCAGUCCGCCGGAUGAGGAGGCGGCCCAAUCCAUCCGGCCGGAGCCCAUCUUCCGGGAGAUCAACGCUGACCAAGCGGACGAGGUGGUCGAGAUCGAGUCCGCCUGCAUGAGCUGCUUCCAAACGGGCGUCACCCGGCUGCUGCCCACCAAGAUACCCUUCUUCCGGGAGGUCGUGCUCAUGUCCUUCAAGUGCGACCACUGCGGCCACAUCAACAACGAGAUGCAGUCGGCCUCGGAGAUCCAGAAGUCGGGCAUUCGCAUCGAGCUGCAGGUGCGCACACCCGGCGAUCUCAAUCGGCGCGUGGUGCGUUCGGAUAACUCCAGCGUUCGCAUACCCGAGGUGGAGCUGGAGAUACCGGUGCAGUCGCAGAAGGGCGAGGUGACCACCGUCGAGGGCAUCAUUGAGCGAACGAUAGCCGGUUUGUCGCAGGAUCAGGAGAAAAGGCGCAUUGAUCAUCCGGCCGCGGGUGCCUCCAUCGAUGAGUAUAUCGAGCGACUGCAUCGCCUGAAGGCGCUGGCCACGCCCUUUCGCCUGCUCCUCGAGGACAUCUCGGGCAACAGCUUCGUCGAGAAUCCCUUGGCGCCCGCUGCCGAUCCGCAGCUCAAGACGUCGCACUUUAAGCGCACCCGCGAGCAAAACGAGCUAUUGGGCCUGUACGAGCAGAACCACGAGGAGCAGCACCUGCUGAAGCCCAUCGCCGAGGACGCGUGGCCCAUCGAGAGUCUGCACGGCGAGGUGCUGCAGUUCCCCACCAACUGUCCCAACUGCCAGGCGCCCUGCGAGACGAACAUGAAGCUUACGAACAUACCGCACUUCAAGGAGGUGGUCAUCAUGGCCACCGUCUGCUCGGCCUGUGGCCACAAGACGAACGAGGUGAAGUCGGGUGGAGGAGUGGAGGCGCAGGGCAUUCGCUUUCGCGUGCAGAUCGCCAGCAAGGAAGAUUUGACGCGGGAUGUGUUGAAGUCCGAGACAUGCAGCCUGUCCAUACCGGAGCUGGACUUGGAGGUGGGUCCGCACGCCCUCUGCGGACGCUUCACCACCGUCGAGGGACUGCUCGUCGCGAUGCGGGAUCAGCUGGACGGCACGCUCUUCCACGACUCGGCGGAUGCGGCCACCAAGCAGCAGAUGCAGCGAUUCCUCGACACCUUCGACGAUGUGAUGAACCUGAAGCAGGUCAUUACGCUUGUGCUGGAGGAUCCCGCCGGCAACACGUAUGUGCAAUCCCUGAGCGACGAUGACGAUGCCGCCGAGCCGGACGACAAGCUCACGGUGGAGCGCUACGAUCGCUCCUUCGAGGACAACGAGGAUCUGGGCCUCAACGACAUGAAGACCGAGGGCUACGAGCAGGACGCGUGAUGAUCGUCCUGAUGGUGCGAUUUCUGCAUUUACAGCUUACGUUUCUUAGUUUCCAGUUACAAAUUAAAGCGGGGUUUUCUUACUCUGGAUCAGUAAAUAAAGAUUUACAAAAGGGGCAUCACUUAAAUGUAUCCAACUAAAAUAUGAAAAUCAAAAAAUAACAUUUUUUACAUCUAGUUGGGGCUUACAGUUUACGUUUCUUAAUUUAUAGUUUCAAAUCAAAUAGGGCUUUCUUUCUUAUUCUGGAUCAGUAAAUAAAGAUUUAAA